AUGCCUGCCCAAAAGACGUUUACCCUGGCCUCGCGCAGCAAGGGCUGCCACCUCGUGCAGGACGAGGUCGAGCGUGAGGUGCGCGAUAUGCUGCGCGGCGUGCAGGUCGGCCUGCUCACGCUGUUUCUGCAGCACACGAGCGCGGCGCUCACGCUGAACGAGAACUUUGACAAGGAUGUGCGCACGGACAUGGACAUGGCGAUGGACCACAUUGUGCCCGAGUCGCUCCCGUGGCGCCACACGGACGAGGGCCCCGACGACUCGGCGUCGCACUCCAAGUCGUCGCUGCUCGGCCCGUCGGUCACGAUCCCGAUCACGAACGGGCGCAUGAACCUGGGCACCUGGCAGGGCGUGUACCUGUGCGAGUUUCGGCGCAUGAAGCAUGCGCGCCGCAUUGUGGCUACGGUGCUGCCCUAG